AUCUAAGAAUUAUUAAAAUUUCUUUGUUUUCUGACUCCUUGGACAAACAAAAGGUUAAAAUUAAGGCAGUUCAGAGAUGAAGGGAGUUGGGGGUGGUCAUAAUAUAGGAUAGUAUUAAAUAUAAAAAUAGUAAAUAAAGCACAGUUUAUCAGUAUGUUUAAAAUAGCUCUAGGAGUUAUGCAUGUUUAUACUUUAACAAAGUGUACUUUAUUGGGGGAAUAAUUUAAUUGGUCCAUUAUGUGGCAUUUACCAAGGUAAUUUUUUCCUUUUUGUUUGAACACAGGAAUUAAAAGUGAUUCAUAAAACAGACACACACACACACACACACACACACACACACACACACACAAUCAACAUGUAAAUUAGAACCACAUUAAGAUGAUCAUCAUUUUAUGUUGUUUCCCUAAAAUGGCUCUCAUUUGCCCUGUAUGUUCAACUCAGAGUGCUGUGACGGUGUUGUUAGUUCUGAUUCACGGAAGACUUAGAAGUCCCUGUGAACGGCUUUAUAGAGCAACUUCAGUGUGCAGUUAUUGCGUUUAUUCUUUCUGUGCACAUUUUUUGGGUUUUGGGUUUCUUUUCCCCCAAGGGAAUUACUAUUAUAUUGAUUUUAGUGUAUAUGAUGGUUAAAUCCAGGAGCAUAAUCUGUACAUCUGUCUGAGGUCUCUUUGGAGAACAUAAGCCCAAGCAUACUGCUUUCCUGAUUAAAAACUUUCAGUGAUUCUGAUUAGUCAGGACUCUUGGUUUUAACUGACGGAAACUAAUGGGACCUUUGAAGAAUUCCAAAUAGCCAAGUCAUGUCGUGUAUUUGCGUGCUAGAAGAAUCACUCUAGCCAGCAGCAUUGUGAUUAGAAUGAAGGGGGCCACUCCAAAAACAGAGACAGGAGCCCGAAUGGACCUAGAUCUCUAGCACGCAGAAAUGUCCCUUUGCACUGACCUAGCUGCUCAAGCUCUUUACUCACCAGACUGGUAGCGAGUUUACGGGAGCCACAUGAAAGUUGAGUUUGGGCCCAUAAAAUGGGCUAGUCCUCCAUUCUCCAGCAUAUCUCCCCACCUUCCUCCUACCAGGUUUUUAGGCACCACAGUUUGGGAAGCAGUCUUCUGCAUGUGGUUGCCCACACUGGGUGAUGGGGGUUGGGGAUAGGUCAUGUGAAUGUUCAUGAACUGCUUGUUACUCUCUUCCCUUCUGGGCUUCACCUAUCUGGUGUGAGAAGGGAAGCAAUUGUCAGCAGAGGCCAGAGUGGCCCCAUGCUGUGGUUGCUUUGCUUUUCCAACCCUCUGCCUGCUGGCUCAACAUACCUAGCUUCCAUGUUUCCUGUGAGUUCUCUUCUUAGGUACAAUUUAAUAUGAAAUUUUCCCCUUCCUUACAACCAAAGCCAGGAGGGGGCACUGUCUUGGCACACUCUGCAUCUAUGACAGAGCACUUGCUCCCUAGGCAACUCCCCCUCUCCCAGUUCCGUCUUCCCACUGUCUGUGCCCCACGUUCUCGGCAGACUUAGUGGGCAUCUGGGUGGCAGGAAUAUGGGGCUCCCUGGUUGCUGAUUCUUGUUCAUCUGAAGUUCUUCCAGCCAGGGCUCUUUGUUCUAAAAACUCUGAUCUCUGCAGGAUGAAUGGUAUAUCUUGGCUUAUCUAGAAUCCUCUCCAGUUUUCAUCAGGGCUCUCGGAAACCUCUUCUGAAGGUCUCAGAUAUUCAGCCACAGAACUGAAAUGGAUGGAAUGUGCUUUGAGAAUGUGUGACUAGUUUCAGAGUCUGAACCCCUCUUAGACGUUUCACUUGGUGUCACAGUACCCCAACAUGUUUGAAUCAGCAAAUUUGUUACAUUAAGAACUUAUAGCCUUUCCCCCGGGGGGGAAUCUCCUCUCCCGAAAACUCCUCAGUUUGCCACACAGUCUCAUUUCCAUCCUAUGGAAAUCAGCCAUCCUUCUCCUGUCCCACUUGCUGACCUGGGUGGGAGGCAUGGCCAGGCUUGGGAAGCAGGGAUGUCCUGUGCUUCGAGACCAACAGCACCGGGCUGUCUCUUUCCUCUUCCUGGUUGACAUUGUUACUUCCUUUGGUUUUUAAGCAAUUCAGAGUUUAAGAUAAAGGCCUUAAAGACAACUUUCUCUGCCUCUCCCUUUCUACGUAUUUGCAUAGGAAUCAGAGGAGUUAAUCUUGUGAGUAAACUCUCAACAUCUGCACAGUUUCCUUCCUUCCUUCUUUCUCUAUCCGCCCCAGGAUUCUAAAGCACAGGAAUGCCCCCAGGUCGCCAGUGCCUUUGCAGAGACCACACUCCUGUCUGCAACAGGGGGUGGCCUUUUUUAAAAAAACAUUCUGGCUCCAGUUUUAGCAAUUGAGGCUAGUCAAUAGCGCAGAUACGUAUGAGUCUAAGGUUCUUGGCGCCUUAUGCAGGCACCCUGCGAGUCUGAAUCUCCCUGCACAACUUCAAGUAUGCAGGAAAUCUUCCUUUUUUUUUUUUUUUUUAUUCCCUGUAACUAAUUCAGACUCCAGCCCCCAAUCUGCUAACCUACAGGGAAAUUUCAUCUCAGUCAUUUUUAGGUGUCUCUCCUUCCCCCAUGGGGAGUGUUCUAGAACCCAGAGAUUACCAUGGCACCUGGUAGGUAAGGGACUGGCCUCUGACCUUUUGUGUAUCUGCCUCAGGACUGAGUAGAGGCUGGAAACCGUGCCACGGGUCUGGUCUCCCAGAGCACAUCCCACACUCUUGAGGGCUCUGCUCACCGCCCUGGGGAACAGAGCUGUGCAAGGGACGCCUGGCUGGUGCUGACAGAUCUCCUUCUCUUUUACAGGCCCCGGGGUGGGGGGUGGAGGGAGAGAGAGGGUCUUUUUCUCACCCUUGUAUGUGCCCUCUGCUUCUCCAGUCUCAGGAGUCAGGCAGAAUCUCCUCAUUGGGUUUAGAGGUUAACAAAGACAAACUGCCUGUGCCGUCAUCUGGGCUAAAAUACAAGGAAUUACAGAGCCUGCCACCUGUUUUAAAUGAGCUAGAAAGAAAAGCUGUUGGGAGGACAAACAAAGCGAAAUUCCAGAGUUGUCCUGCCGUGCUGAUUUGGAGGCUGUAAUGAAGGCAAAACAUCGCCCAAACAGUGGUAACUAUGGAAAUUAAGAGAAGGAAACAGAUUUGAGAGACAGUAAGCUUGCAGAAUCUGUAUAGCUUAGUCAGUGAGAAAAAUCUAGUAUGACUCCAGAGUUUCUGACUUCAGAGAGACCAGGAAGUAAUACAGUAAAGAGACUGACCUGUUGAUAAUGUGGACUCACACCACACACUCUGGAUGCAGGUCUCAGCUCCACUGCCUGCUGGUCAUGUGAGCAUGAGCAAAUUAGUGCAACUUUUAAGCCUCAGUUUCCCCAUAAGUAAAAUGGGGCUAAUACUGCAUACUCAUAUGGUUGUGAGCAUGACUCAAAUGGUCAUGACCUUCUGAGCAUCCAGUAAAUGUUAGCUAUUAUUAUGUGGUGGUGCCAGUAGCUAAAAUCUGUAAUACUACAGGAGGAGCCCCUGCUUUAGGGCAGGUGACCCUCGGGGCUGUGAGAUAGCCAGGCUGAGAGGUGGUAGAUGAUGGAUUCAUCUGGACUUGGAAAGAAAGCUCGGGAUUGUAGACAUAUUUGGGAGACCUUUGCCUCCAAAGAGUAGUUGACACCUUGGGGUAUGAAUGUGGUCCCCCAGAAAUGGUGCAAGAAGGUAGAGGGGCAGGUGUCAGGCCCACAAAUGUAUUCAGACAUCGCCCCCCUAUGUCAUCUUUAAACUGACUUCAUUGUUUUGAGAUGAACAUGACUAUCCCGUUUAGGGUCUUUGCUUCAGAGGUAUAAUCUCAUUGUUUGCUUGGUGAAAUACAAGUUAGUUGUCUGUAAUCUCCCAUAUUGGGUGGGCUCCUUUCUAUCUGGAAUUACAGUGUUUAGAAAAACACACAUGGACACACCUUUUUUGAAAAGCUUUUCAAAAACAAACCUUGCAAUCUUCAAUCGAGAGCUGGCUUUCACUGAAAAUUAAGACAAUUCCCAGUGUUUGGGGCUUUCCCAAUUCUUUCCCACUCAAAUCAUUAGAAAUAAAAGAGUCAGUUUGAAGAAUUGACUUAUGAAAAAUCAGGAGUAGCCGGAAGUGAAUGAGCUGAAAGUGGAGGAGAAUCCCUUUGUUUCAUGGGGGUUUCAGUGCAGGCUCAGCAGGCAGCUAAACCAGGACAUUCAUAGAGAAAAGGGCAUGUUCUUAAAUGCUCUCAGAGGCAAACGCCUAGAAAGACCUACCGUGCCAGCAAAAAGUUAUUCUACAAAUCAUAUGUUCUGUAUUCAGGAAAUUUUACUUUUUGUCAUCGAAACAUCUGAGUAAGCAGAUGUAAACAGAUCAUUUUCCAAAAAAACAUUUUCCCUUUUAUUUAAAACAAUGAUCUGUUUACUGUGUGCCGAUUUCAUUCCUAGAAAACUGUGACUUUCCUUGUUACUUUGGAGCCCAGAACCAUGUAUAUUUAGGAGUGUUUUUACCAUAUACUUUAAAUAUAUAUUUACAUAUUAUAUAUUAAAAGAUUAUAUAUACAUGUGUAUAUAUACGUAUAUACAUAUAUAUAUACAUAUAUGAAUGAUUAAAGCCCUUUUGUCAGAUUUGAAAUCUAAGUUCUGACCUGAAAAGCAGUCUGCAAGGAGCAUCCUGUCAAACUUAGAUGUGUUAUUUUUCCUGUCUCUUCUCUGCUUUAUUAAACUGUCACACACCGCGCACGAUUUUUCCCCAGGGCCACGCAUGCUUUCGGGUUCUCUGUUGCAUUGUUAACUAUUUAAGCGUUUGCCUGGUGCCGAGAUGGCAGGUGGGAGAGGCAGAGGAACUUGGCCUCCUCCCCGCCAGAGUUCUCCUCUUUCACUAGUGCUGCUUACAUUGAACAGCUUAAGAAUAAGCUCCUAUGUGAGCCCUCGGAGGCCAAGGAGUAUUGUUGGAUUCAGAAAGGAAUCGCUUUCUUUUAGUGAUCAUUUGAAUAUUUCGACAAUGAAGCUAAGCCACUCCACUGCCUGGUUUGCGUACCUCGUGUCAUGUGCGCCCUUCCUUGGGAAGAAGAGAGCCCUCGCCUCUCUGAAUUUGUAAAUUGGUAUUGUCCGUUGGUGAGAUGAGUAGAAGCAAAGGAAGAAUCCUCCAGAAGAAUUUUACUCUCUUGCUCAGUGUUUUUUUAAAGCUCUUUAAAAAAAAAAAAAAAUUAAUACAGGCCUUUGUAGACCACCCAAUUAAAUCACCAUGAUAAAUGGUGGGUAUUUUGAGAAGAGAGAUGGGCCAUGAGAUGAUGUGUUGAAGUGUUUAUACAUGCAAAGUGAGGAAUACAUUUAAAACAAAUUCUCUGGAUAAUUCAGAGGUCCUACUCACCUCUGGUUUUUUCCUGAAUUGUGAUGGGUUAUUUUUCAAAUUUGGUUGUCUAAAAAUGAUCUUCAUUUUUCCAUUUUUAACUUAAAAGGAAUGCUCUCCUACAAAAUAAACAGACAUAGCUUUUUUUUUUUUUAAUCAAACUAAGAGAACAGGCGACCAAGUGAAUAAACCACAUAGGUAGGAUAUAAUUGGCUUUGUUUCAUAGUAAGCUUACCUUUGUGCUGGUUAAGAAAAUCCUAAAAAGCUUUCCCCCUAUGAGAAUUGACUGGUUGGAAUAGUCCUAAAUUGGAAGAAGCCAAGUUUUGUAAUUAAUUGGUGAAUAGAGAUACUGGUUUCCGAAUGCUCACCAGAGAUCAGUGGUACAAAGCUGGCCAUGGACUUGGCUCUGGAGAACUUGGUGAAAACGUGAAUGCCCAAUGCCAAAGUGAUGUUACAGCAUUCUGUGCUGCUUUGUGCUGUGGCCUUGGAAUCUGUAUUUUUAAAAGAUGUCUCUGGCAAUUCUAAUGCAUAGCCAGGUUUGGUAACCACUGAAUUGUGUAUUCAAUUUGGAGACCUCAGCCUUUUCACCAUCUGAUGAAUCUAUAUGUUUAUUUGAAGCUUUUGUUGAAAAUGAAUGCCUGCUGGUUAUUGCUUUUUUCAGUUCACAAUUUGUUUCCGGUUCUGUUAUUGCAUAGAUUUGCAUACCUGUUUUAUAGUAUUCUAAUACUGUUGCUUUAAAAAAAAUACCAUUUCCUCUCUGUGCUCUUUUGAAUAUUUAAUGUAAACAAUUUCGUGUUUUGUUUUGUUAUUUUCCCUACUUGCAGAAAGUAGGGGAAAACUCCAGGGUUUUUCUAACCCAAUUGUAAUAUAAAUACUUAAAGAUCUUGGUCAAGGUAAUAUAAGAUUGAAAAUCCUUUAAGUUACAGCAUUAUGAACUUCAUCAUACCUUUAAAAUAUGUCAGAUGAGCUAAAUGUUUAAGACUUUGGCCAGAUGGUCGAUCUGAGACAUUUAAAAAUUAAUGGUUGUGUGUCUGUUGAGGUAUCCUACUACAGGAUUUUAACACUUAAAAUUGAUCUGUGAAUGAAAAUGCGUGAAAGGGCAGUCAGAAAUCUCUGUCAGUCAUCAAUUGUGUGUAUGUGCUCUUGAAGUCAGGCUCAAGCUGCAACAUGAUGGGGGGAAAUGUUUUCCUAGCUUCAUUCACUGAAGGUGUGCAAGAUCUCUUCUUACAGGUUUGAGUCGUCAGACAAACUUCCGAGGGGACUCCAUGACCACCUGGAAGCUGGUGUUUCCUGUCACCGAGUAGCCAGUCUGGCGAUCCAGAAGAUGCCCCAGCUCUGGUGAUGCUCCUGGAACCUCAUCUGUGCCUCCGACAUUCUCCCAGCCUGAGACUGCAUCUAUAAAUUGGGAUGUGGGAAAGCAGGAAGCAAAGCUCAUGAAUGAGUUGUUAGAAAUUCUUUUGUACCCAAAGCCACAAGUUCAAUUGCAUCUCAGAGGCGUGCAGCCCGUCUCCAGUUCUUCAAGAUCCCACUGAGACACCCUCAGCCUGCUUCGUGAAGGUCACUGGCACAUGGCUACCCAUUCGCCCCAGAAAUCUCACCAGUGUGCUCACUGUGAGAAGACGUUCAACCGGAAAGACCACCUAAAAAACCACCUCCAAACGCAUGACCCCAACAAAAUGGCCUUUGGGUGUGAGGAGUGUGGGAAGAAGUACAACACCAUGCUGGGCUACAAGAGGCACCUGGCCCUCCACGCGGCCAGCAGUGGCGACCUCACCUGCGGGGUCUGCGCCCUAGAGCUAGGGAGCACCGAGGUGCUGCUGGACCACCUCAAAGCCCACGCGGAAGAAAAGCCCCCCAGCGGCACCAAGGAGAAGAAGCACCAGUGCGACCACUGUGAGAGAUGCUUCUACACCCGGAAGGACGUGCGGCGCCACCUGGUGGUCCACACAGGCUGCAAGGACUUCCUGUGCCAGUUUUGUGCCCAGAGAUUUGGGCGCAAAGACCACCUCACGCGACAUACCAAGAAGACACACUCGCAGGAGCUGAUGAAAGAGAGUCUGCAGUCUGGAGACCUUCUGAGCACCUUCCACUCCAUCUCUCCCCAGUUUCAGCUGAAGGCCGCCCCGCUGUCUCCCUUCCCUCUGGGGGCUCCCGCGCACGCGCAGAACGGGCUCGCCAGCGGCCUGCCCGCUGAGGUACACGGCCACGCCCACAACCCUUCGGAUCCAGCCUCCCAGCCUGUACAGGCGCUGCCGGAGCCCCUGGCCCCCCUCCACCCCGUAACCUCUCCCAGCUCCCCUCCCGCGCCCCUCCAGAAUCACAAGUACAACACCAGUUCUACCUCAUACUCCCCACUUGCAAGCCUGCCCCUCAAAGCAGAUACUAAAGGAUUUUGCAAUAUCAAUUUGCUUGAGGACUUGCCUCUGCAAGAGCCUCAGUCACCUCACAAGCUCAACCCAGGUUUCGAUCCGGCUAAGGGAAGCGCUGGUAAAGUGAGCCUGCCCAAGGAGCUACCUGCAGAUGCUGUGAACCUAACGAUACCUGCCUCUUUGGACAUUUCCCCCCUGUUGGGCUUCUGGCAGCUGCCCCCUCCUGCUACCCAAAACGCCUUUGGGAAUGGCACUCUCACCCUGGGGCCUGGGGAGUCUCUGCCCCACAGGUUAAGCUGUCUGGGGCAGCAGCAACAAGAUCCCUCACUAGCCAUGAGCACUAUGAGCCUGGGCCAGCUCCCCCUCCCCCCCAUCCCCCAUGUUUUCCCAGCUGGCACCGGCUCUGCUAUCCUGCCUCAUUUCCAUCAUGCAUUCAGAUGACUGGUUUUUAAAGCGUCCUUUUCUUAUUCUGGAAGAUGUGUUUUAAGGAGCAUGUAAGCAUCAGUUAUGCUACAAGGAGAGAUUUGGAAAGCGGGACUGGAAAUACGGCUAAUUCAGUGAUGACUGGCUUGAGAUAAGAGAGUUCUCGAACUGCAUGUAUCGUGCCAAUUGUCCUGAGUGUUCAUGCUUUGUACCAAAUUUGAUAAGCAAGUAUUCUUUAAUGGAACUGCAAAUAUUGUCAGAACCGACAUCCAAACGAGGGCUGCUAUAUAUAGGUGUUUGUCAAAUUGAAUUUAAUCGUAAGCCAUGAUCAUAAUAAUGUUAACUAAUUUUAUGUGGCACUGCCUAGUAAAGGGAACUAUGGGAAGGUUUGGCUUUCUCCAAAAUGGGAGAAUUUUUAAAAUACAAAAUAACCUUUAUAUUGCAUAUUAUAACUAGGCUGUGUAUUUCUUUUCAGGGAUUUUUCUACCUUCAGGGUUGGAUGUAGUUUAGUUACUAUUGCCAUAGCCAACCUGUAGUUUUACAGAAACAAUUUCUUGUGGAAUAAUAGACGUCUCCAUUUUAAAAAAGCAUUUUAAAUGUAGUUUGAAUAUUUUCCACAAGAUGCUACAAUGUGAGUUAUCACUUCAUGUAUCUUAAAAGACUAAACUGGUUGUCAGUUACAUCUGACAGAAAAAAAAAAAAAUCACUGUGUAACCAGGUUAAGUGGUAAAAUAAUCCAGGCGUCAGUCAAAAGAAAGCAUUUUGCUGACUUUAAUAUUGAUUAUAUUUUUAACAGGAAUUUAAGAAAAUAUUACUGGAAUUUUAAAAUAUAUAUAUAUAUUAAACAAGAAUUUUCUUUGCUCUGUCUGGCUUAAAAUACUACUCUGCUUAAGUAUUAUUUUUAAUCACCAAUAAAUGCAUUUAAAUUCAUCAUUUAAGUCAAUAUUAGUUUUUUUCAAAAGGAUAACAUUUGCAAUGUAACUAUAAUCUAUGUCUUGAAUUUGGUAUCUAAUGAGUUUAAGAAUAUAAAACCUAACCUUUUUUUUUUUUCAAAGCUCCUUUGUCUUUUGUGUUUAGAGGCUUUCUAUAUGAAGAUAAUAUCUUACAUAUAAUAAACUCUACAAAUCCUGCA